ACGUCACGUAGUACUAGCGCUGAGCUGGAUGUGGAGUUGUGCAUUUUAUUGCAUUGUCUGUGGAUACGGCUUCUUGUUAUUUCACGUUAUCAAAGAAUCGUAAAAAAUGUCUGAAAGGCUAAAGGAAAUAAGGGAACGUUCCUACCAACGAAGGAAAAUCCUUGCACAGCAGCUGGGAGUCAAAGAUGCAGACAACCUUGCCUCAGUUCUAAACAGCAAAGAAGAUAAUGAAGAAUUUACACAACUUACACAAGCCGGAUGCACCAUGUGCACAGGAAGUUCAAUCUCUGACAGGGCUAGUGGGUCUGCUCCACCGAUUAAACGAAGGGCCAUCGGUGAAGGUGAAGAACCUUCUUCUAGUCUGGAUAGGAGAAAAUCAACAGAGGAUGGAGAAGAAGCUGGAGAUAAGGUUUACGAGGACUCCUCCACCUUUCUCAAGGGUACUCAAAGUGCAAACCCUCACAAUGAUUACUGCCAACAUUUUGUGGACACAGGUCAAAGGCCACAGAACUUUAUCAGAGAUGUUGGCUUAGCUGAUCGUUUUGAAGAGUACCCUAAGUUGAAAGAACUGAUCAGGCUCAAAGAUGAAUUGAUAUCACAGAGGAACAUUCCUCCUAUGUACUUGCAGUGUGACUUGGAGAACUAUGAGCUUUCAGAGAUGGACAAUAUCUUUGACUGCAUCCAUGUAGCGCCGCCGUUGGAAGAGUACAGACAUCGGCCAGGGGUAAUCACCAAUCAGAAGUUCUGGAGCUGGGAUGAUAUAAUGAGAUUAGAUAUACCAUCCAUAUCAUCAUUCCGUUCCUUCAUCUUCCUCUGGGUGGGUUCUUCAGAUGGUUUAGCGAGAGGUAGAGAGUGUUUGAAAGAAUGGGGCUUCAGGAGAUCGGAGGACAUCUGCUGGAUCAAGACAAACUGCAAGAAUCCCGGCAACAUUAGUCUGGAACCUGGUGCUAUCCUGCAAAGAACCAAAGAGCACUGUUUGAUGGGAAUCAAGGGGACCGUGCGUCGGUCAACUGACGGUGAUUUCAUCCACGCCAACAUCGAUCUGGACGUCAUUAUUACGGAGGAACCGGAGACGGGAAGCCUGGAGAAACCGGAAGAAAUCUUCCACCUCAUCGAACACUUCUGCCUCGGGAGGAGACGACUCAACAUCUUCGGCAACGACCAGACCAUCAGACCCGGCUGGCUGACGAUAGGUCCUCAGCUCACCAACAGCAAUUUCAACAAGGACACCUUCAAGGGCUAUUUCAACAAGAACUCUGAAGACUACCUGACUGGAUGCCCUGAUGAGAUCGAGAGACUACGCCCCAAGUCCCCCGUCAACAAGAAUCCUGGUGGGAGAGGGGGAAGGGGCAGAGGGGAUCGAGGAGGGAGAGGUGGUCGGGGUGGGUUCGGUGGAAGGGGCGGAGGGGAUCGAGGAGGGAGAGGGGGGCGGGGAGGGUUUGGUGGAAGGGGCAGGGGAGAACAUAGAGGUGGCUUUGGACAAAGAGGAGGGUUCUGAUAGGGGAUCGAGGAGGGGAUCGAGGAGGGAGAGGGGGGCGGGGAGGGUUUGGUGGAAGGGGCAGGGGAGAACAUAGAGGUGGCUUUGGACAAAGAGGAGGGUUCUGAUAGGGGAUCGAGGAGGGGAUCGAGGAGGGAGAGGGGGGCGGGGAGGGUUUGGUGGAAGGGGCAGGGGAGAACAUAGAGGUGGCUUUGGACAAAGAGGAGGGUUCUGAUAGGGGAUCGAGGAGGGGAUCGAGGAGGGAGAGGGGGGCGGGGAGGGUUUGGUGGAAGGGGCAGGGGAGAACAUAGAGGUGGCUUUGGACAAAGAGGAGGGUUCUGAUAGGGGAUCGAGGAGGGGAUCGAGGAGGGAAAGGGGGGCGGGGAGGGUUUGGUGGAAGGGGCAGGGGAGAACAUAGAGGUGGCUUUGGACAAAGAGGAGGGUUCUGAUAGGGGAUCGAGGG